AUGGCGUCCGUCGAUGAUAAUUUAGGGCUUACGGUUGAGUCACUCGACACCUACUCUAAGAUGAUCAGUAAGCUACUGAGUCACUCGGAGUCGGGGAUGGAAUCGUUACGGUCCUUGAUUGAUGCCUUUGAUAACAAGCGAAUCACACUUAGCGUGUUCAAAAAGUCUCUUCAACUUUUGUUCGACAGCCAUACAAAGACCAAAGACGAAGAAUCCCAGAUCCUGAGAACAGCAUCUUCACCACCACUAACAAUUGUUAGGGCUAAAGUAGAUGAGAACCCGAAGAAGAGUGGAGCCCACAAGAGAAAAAUAAUUCACUCGGAACCUAUUGAGAGGACUAUAAAGAAACAAAGAAAGUCUAUGAGGUUAGAUCGAGUGACACCCAGCUAUAAGCUUAUCCCUGAGGAACAACAACUUCCUCUCCCAAACAACCCACACAAACCAGAACUGAACUGUCUGAACAACAAGUACUCUUUGGUGCAGUUUAACGUUGCUUCGGGACAUAAGAAACAGACCAAGUACGAAGAAGCAAUUGAGAGAUGCGAAGAUGACAUGUUUGAGACUGAUAUGUUGAUUGGAGCUCUUACAAGUGCAAUGGAAAAUGCUGAGAAAGUAAUAGCGGAGGAGAUGAGUGUAGAAGAUCUUAGAGUGAAGUUUUAUAGAUGCAUCCAAAGGCUAUACCGUGGAGAUAUGUCUGAGAUUGUGAGAGAAAGAGAAGCCACUGCUGCACAAGGCCACCGGAAAUAA